AUGCGAUGCCGAUUACCAGACGACAAAUACGACCUCUUGGCUGCGCUUGUUCAAAGCUGUCGACGGUGGGGUAUUUUAUACUACCCUAACAUGCUUCUGCAACACGAUGCCGAUGCACCACUCGCGCUUGUAUAUGUGAGCGUUGAAGAGAUCAAGAGAUUUGGACUAGCCCUCUAUAAGGUGUGCCGAUUGUCCACUCCCACUUCCUUUGGCUUGAGCGGAGAAUGUUCCAAUGGUGGCAGAAAUGAUCUUCUGACCCUGGCCGACUUGUCCUUUUGCAUGCCAGACAGUGAUGAGCUGUGGAAUGCUCCAUUGGGCGGGGAGUCCGAGUUGUUAAACAAGUCCGAUUCAUCCGCAGUCGGACGGGAUAAUGGAGAUGCGAAAAACUGGAUAUCUCAAGCAUCUGCUCUUCUACAUGACGCACGAGUUCGCUUUGAUUGGAUAUAG